ACCACUCCGCGCGCUGCAGGCGAGAGUGGCAGACGGAGGCAGCCCGGGGAAGCGAGCCGGAGCGGCGCCCGCACGGAGGCGGCUGCAGUGCUGACACCACUCAGGGCAAGGGUCUCCGACGGCUGGAGUGUUCUGUUUUGAACCCAAAGUGGAUGAUGCUGUCAGAGCUGAACCACUGAACGGAGGCUGUGAAAAUUUCCCAUCUUCUCAGUGGCCAUCAGUUGAGAUAAGAUGGAAGACUCUUACAAGGAUAGGACUUCACUGAUGAAGGGUGCCAAGGACAUUGCCAGAGAGGUGAAGAAACAAACAGUAAAGAAGGUGAAUCAAGCUGUGGACCGAGCCCAGGAUGAAUACACCCAGCGGUCCUACAGUCGGUUCCAAGAUGAAGAAGAUGAUGAUGACUACUACCCAGCUGGAGAAACCUAUAAUGGGGAGGCCAACGAUGACGAAGGCUCAAGUGAAGCCACUGAGGGGCAUGAUGAAGAUGAUGAGAUCUACGAGGGGGAGUAUCAGGGCAUCCCCAGUAUGAACCAAGCGAAGGACAGCAUUGUGUCAGUGGGGCAGCCCAAGGGCGAUGAGUACAAGGACCGGCAGGAGCUGGAAUCAGAAAGGAGAGCUGACGAGGAAGAGUUAGCCCAGCAGUAUGAGCUGAUAAUCCAAGAAUGCGGUCAUGGUCGUUUUCAGUGGGCCCUUUUCUUCGUCCUGGGCAUGGCUCUUAUGGCGGACGGUGUAGAGGUGUUUGUCGUUGGCUUCGUGUUACCCAGUGCUGAGACAGACCUCUGCAUCCCAAAUUCAGGAUCUGGAUGGCUAGGCAGCAUAGUGUACCUCGGGAUGAUGGUGGGGGCGUUCUUCUGGGGAGGACUGGCAGACAAAGUGGGAAGGAAACAGUCUCUUCUGAUUUGCAUGUCUGUCAACGGAUUCUUUGCCUUCCUUUCUUCAUUUGUCCAAGGUUAUGGCUUCUUUCUCUUCUGUCGCUUACUUUCUGGAUUCGGGAUUGGAGGAGCCAUACCCACUGUGUUCUCGUACUUUGCUGAAGUGCUGGCCCGGGAAAAGCGGGGCGAACACCUGAGCUGGCUCUGCAUGUUCUGGAUGAUCGGUGGCAUCUACGCCUCUGCCAUGGCCUGGGCCAUCAUCCCGCACUAUGGGUGGAGCUUCAGCAUGGGAUCGGCCUACCAGUUUCACAGUUGGCGUGUGUUUGUCAUCGUCUGUGCACUCCCCUGUGUCUCCUCCGUGGUGGCCCUCACGUUCAUGCCCGAAAGCCCACGAUUCUUGUUGGAGGUUGGAAAACAUGAUGAAGCUUGGAUGAUUCUGAAGUUAAUUCAUGACACCAACAUGAGAGCCCGGGGUCAGCCUGAGAAGGUCUUCACGGUAAACAAAAUAAAAACUCCUAAACAAAUAGAUGAGCUGAUUGAAAUUGAGAGUGACACAGGAACAUGGUAUAGGAGGUGUUUUGUUCGGAUCCGCACUGAGCUGUACGGAAUUUGGUUGACUUUUAUGAGAUGUUUCAACUACCCAGUCAGGGAUAAUACAACAAAGCUUGCAAUUGUUUGGUUCACCCUGUCCUUUGGGUACUAUGGAUUAUCUGUUUGGUUCCCUGAUGUCAUUAAACAUCUGCAGUCCGAUGAAUAUGCAUUGCUAACCAGAAAUGUGGAGAGAGAUAAAUAUGCAAAUUUCAGUAUUAACUUUACAAUGGAAAAUCAGAUUCACACUGGAAUGGAAUACGACAAUGGCAGAUUCAUAGGGGUCAAGUUCAAAUCUGUAACUUUCAAAGACUCCGUUUUUAAGUCCUGCACCUUUGAGGAUGUAACUUCAGUGAACACCUACUUCAAGAACUGCACAUUUAUUGAUACUGUUUUUGACAACACAGAUUUUGAGCCAUAUAAAUUCAUUGACAGUGAAUUUAAAAACUGCUCAUUUUUUCACAACAAGACGGGAUGUCAGAUUACCUUUGAUGAUGACUAUAGUGCCUACUGGAUUUAUUUUGUCAACUUUCUGGGGACAUUGGCAGUACUGCCAGGGAACAUUGUGUCUGCUCUGCUGAUGGACAGAAUUGGGCGCUUAACAAUGCUAGGUGGCUCUAUGGUGCUUUCGGGGAUCAGCUGUUUCUUCCUUUGGUUCGGCACCAGUGAAUCCAUGAUGAUAGGCAUGCUGUGUCUGUACAAUGGAUUGACCAUCUCGGCCUGGAACUCUCUUGACGUGGUCACUGUGGAACUGUACCCCACAGACCGGAGGGCAACAGGCUUUGGCUUCUUAAACGCGCUAUGCAAGGCAGCAGCCGUCCUGGGAAACUUAAUAUUUGGCUCUCUGGUCAGCAUCACCAAAUCAAUCCCCAUCCUGCUGGCUUCUACUGUGCUCGUGUGUGGAGGACUCGUUGGGCUGCGCCUGCCUGACACACGAACCCAGGUUCUGAUGUAAUGGGAAAAAAAGCCAUCCUUCCUGCGUUUCUUCCUCCUGCCCUGGGUCAAUUCUCCUUCCUGACUCAAGGCUUCAGAGUUUUCCUAUAUAGAAAGGUGAUCAACUAUCAGAACAUAAACACGUGCUGUGACUUGAAAUUUAGAAGCAUAUCAUCUUGCCCCUUUGUGAUUUUGCACAGGUUUUUUUGUUUGUUUGUUUUGUUUUAAUGCAUUGUUAUCUUUCCAAACUGUGAUGCUACUGCCUCCUGCAAAUCAGUGGAAGCAUUUCUAAAAUGCCCUAGGCAGCCAGGCUUCCCUGGGGUUCUGCUCAUUGAAAGUUUAGAAGCUAAGAAGACUGGGCUGGUGUAAGAAAUAGAUCCUGCUCCUAAUUUAACAUUAACAGGAAAUAUAAGUCGGCACAUUAUUGCAUUUGUGCUGAGAAGAGGGAUUCUUUUUUUUUUUUCUAAGAGUGAUAUUUCCUGUUUACUUAGAAAAGGACACCCAGUAAUUCUCACUGUUAUAGCAGAGCCUUUCAAAGAAAACCAUGUGGCACCAAACAGGGCUGGGUGGGGCUCUUUGGGGCAAGACAAUUAAGGUGACUCUGCUGACAAGAAAAAUAAAAGCUCUGCAAUUAGCAGCAAAAAUCUGAGUGAGCUGCAUAAGCAAGAUUUCUGUCAGAAAGCCCAAUUAAACCUCUGAAGAGUGUGAGGAAAAAGAACUGUAACAGUAUCUGUGACUGCGGCAUGUGGUUCAGAAUGUUUGAAAAUCAGAGAUCGGAGAGAGAGCUUCUUGCCUCCAUUUACCACUCCCACUCCUUCAGCUGCCCUUGGUCUUGCCAGACAGCAGAUUCAGGGAAAGAAAGCUGCUUCUUAAAAACUGUCUGCCUACCUGAUUCUGCCGCUUACCCACACUGUCUCUAGUCUAGAGACUGCCAGUGGAUAGCUAAAUUGUAAAUUGCAACUUAGGAAGAAAUUCACACCUAGAGCCAUUUGGAAAUACAAAAUGGCACCUCUUUCCAGUACCUCUUUGCUGUGGGACUGGCCCGCCAGGACCCCCACCCCACCUGCACUGCAGUUGACAUUCAGCUUCCCAGCUGGCAUCAGCAAAGAGGGUUUGUCCCUCUAGCUUCCCCAGGGCUGGCCCACUGCUCAUUGCGCUCCUGGCUCCCUGUAAAAUCACAGCCCGCCUGCACUCCUGAGGGGCCCUCUCACAGGCAGACCAUCUCCCUGUGGUUGUUUGACUGCUCAUUUUACCUCUGGAAUCUGCCUGGGCUUGGAAGAAAGAGGUCAGCCAGGACAUUCCCAGGGGCCCGCUGUCAGCUACAUGACCUCCUCGCCUCUCGGGCUCCCCUUCCCCGCAGGCUCGUCCUUUUUACACAUCUUCUUUGAAAUCUGAACCUUCCUUGUAGACUUGCAGCCAAUGACCAGAAGCCAGGAGUAAAUCCCAUAUUUAAACAAUAUUCCUUUUUUAACUGCCUCGAUAGAGGUUUAUUCUUGUUACUUAUUAUAGGCACUUUCAGGCAAGCCAUAGCUUGGGGCCUCCAGGAAGGGAAAGCUUGUUUCCACUAAUCAUUAUAUUCAGAGAUGUCCUAACUCCCCUGAGGUCCCCCUGCCUCCCCCUCCCCUUCCUAAUGAUCCCUCGUAGAGCUCAGACUAAGUGAAAAGCUUCUUUCAUUAACAUAAGCCAUUAAUCGACUUCCCCUUGAAGUAAUUCAGGUCUGCAGAGGGGGGAAGACUGGUGUUGGGGGCAGUGGGAAGAGGGUGGUUCCCUGGGGAUCUGUGAUCAGGGCUAGAACAUCAGGAAAACCCAAACCAAAAACUGCAAAGGUGGCAGGAAGAAGAAAAAUCACUGAAGGCUAGACAAGAUGCAUUUGAAAGAUACCAACAGCACAGGGAAAGAAACAACUUUCUCUCACUUCUGCCUCCUAUCAUUUUAUUGAAGAACAAAGACAGCAGUCAAACAACCCAAGAAAGUACCCUGUAUGUUUUUCUUCUUCUACAUGUACCCAUUUUCCCACCUAUCUCUCCCUGAUUUGUCUUCUUAAAAAAGACAUUUGGGGACCUGAGCAAGUCUUUUAGUUGAAUGCAGCAUGUGCAGAAAUAACUGCAAAAGCCAGGAGUGCAUCUCCAUCAACCCAUCAAAAGAAAAAUAGAAAUGUACAUGGGCAUCGCUGUCUCUAGUCCUCUGUGAUAGUUCACUUUGCUAACUAGACUACCUUUACUUUUCAAAAUAUCUCUAAUGUCUGCUCUGGGGUCUAAAUGCAUAAAACAUUCCCAAGCUGCAGAGCACAGUUAUUCAGAAUUUUAUUUGAACACUGGGUUGGGUCAGCAUAGGAUAAACCAGCAAAACCUUACCUCAUGAGACUUGCCAUCCAUGUCCCCUGCAGAAGGACCGUUCUUGGCCUACUUGUUACCUAAUCCGAGCAUCCAUGGUGGCCUAAGAGGGAUAUUUUCUAAUCUCCUGGACAGUCUGUGGUCACAAACCUUCUUGGUCACCACCUCUCCCACCUUCUAUGCACUCUUCCCUGCCUCCUUGAGACUGUUCAUCACCUUGAUUUUCUAAGAGAGCUCAAAUCAUUUCCAAAGCAUGUGGUGUGGCCUGUAUAGCUUGCUCUGGAUUUAGCUGGAGAUUAAGAAACAGCCAGGAUAUUAAACAGAAACUCUCAGCUGUAUCAGUGUAGCAGGCCGCUGGCACCCAAACAUGCAACUGGCAUCUCAUUUCACCUACAGUAGAAGGAAAUGAAAAUUUGUACAAAAAUGAAAACCUAGGAAAUAGUCCACUUGCUCCUAUAUUUUUACCACCUUUUCUAACUAAAAUUUCCCUAUGGCUCUUUGGAAUCAAUCCAGAAUGCUCCCAAGUCCCAUUAUUAUCACAGAAUCUUCUCAGUAGGGAAAAACAAACAACUGCUUCAAACUGUGGAUUCUGUACAUACCGCAUUCUAUCCCAGGUAAUGGGUUUUAAGGCACCCAACUCACAUUCAGUCCUGCUGCCUGAAUCAUCUCACACCAGAGUACAGACCUGGGAGACGCAUGGGAGACGCGAUAGAUGGGUCCUAGCCUGAUCUUCACCACUAAGCGGUACAGGGACCCAUAUCUUGCUGUGCAGACUGGAAGUCGUUGAACAUCUCUAGUUCUCACUUUCCCCAUGCACAAAAUAAAGGAUUGGGACUAGUCUGCUCUCCACUCUCCAGCAUUCUAGAAGACAGUAAUGAAAAUAGCUUCAUCUUAUCUGCCUUCUUAUGCUAAACUCAUUUUUUUUUUUUAAGAUGGAGUUUCGCUCUAUUGCCCAGGCUGGAGUGCAGUGGUGGGACCUCGGCUCACUGCAACCUCCGCCUCCCAGGUUCAAGCAAUUCUCCCACCUCAGCCUCCCCAAGUAGCUGGGACCACACGCAUGUGCCACCACGCCCAGCUAAUUUUUGUAUGUUUUAGUAGAGAUGGGGUUUCAUCAUGUUGGUCAGGCUGGUCUCGAACUCUUGACCUCAAGUGAUCGGCCCACCUCAGCCUCCCAAAGUGCUGGGAUUACAGGCGUGAGCCACUGGCGGCCUCAACUCAUUUUUACAAGCACUAAAUAGGUUUAGUUUAUAAACUGAAAAAUUAGGAAAUAGGCACGCAUAAAAAGAGUGUAGGAAGUUGUUUGGGAAGCCCGCAUGGAAUAGGCCAGAAAGCACAGUCCCCAUGCUGUCUGCCCUGCCAGCAUCUCAGCAUCCUGAGUAGUAUCUCUGUUCACUGCAGGUUUGACAGUUACCAUUGCCCAGCCAGGAAAGGGCCCCACCCUGCCAGAUAAGGGCGCUUAGGUUAGAAGACUCUAUAAUUGCAAUAUUAGCCUACAGAUCUCCUGACUGUUUAUUCCAGUAUUUUCUUGAAACAUGGCCUUAAGUAUUAUACGUAGGCUUUCAGAAACAGUUUUUCAGUGAUUGUACCUAUAUUGGCAAAUAGACAAAUCUCACCAAAUCAGAGUUCAGGUUUUCACCAAAAACUGCUUAGUUGUCUUUCAAGAUACCUUAAGAGAUCAAAGGGGAGGUGGGAAAAGAAAUGUAGUGACAGAAGGGAGAGCCCAAGAUACCACUGAUAAGGUUCCAACAAAGAGAUUAGGACACAGCGGAGACUUUCUAAAUGCUAGGAUCAUUUCCCAAGCAGUCCAGGGGAAUACUUUCUGAUUCCCUCUGCCAAUCAAAAUAGAUAGAAGAUGAUAUUCUCCAAUUUUUUUUCUGUUUGAUGUCAAAAUGGCCUUUACCUAUUUCUUUAGUAAUAUACCUUAUCUGUUCAUGCACUAAAGGCUCUGGAGCCAGGAAUGUCUGAAUUUGGCCUUCACCUGGUAUCACAGAAAGACAACUGGGAUAUUGGUGUUAAGGGGCAUAUCGGCUGUAUGUUAGGUUUUCUUUAAUCCCCACAUCGUGCCAAACUUAGUCCGGUCACUAAGCCUAAAAACACCAGUCAUAUUGCAACAACUUCUGAAAUCUGUACAGUGGGAAACUCUGAAGUGGACUAUACGUUUCUUACAGUUUUUGUUUCUGCUCAGCAAAGUAUGUGUUUAAAGUAAAGCUUCUCUUGUUAUCUGUAAUGUAGACAAAAAAAAAAAAAAAAACUGUUAGUAUAUCCUGGAUGUAUUGCGUGUCCCUUCAUUGUUUCAGGUAUGGCAUAACAGUUCUCCGUGUGAUGUUCUUUUGCUCUAAAUGUUGACCAUUCCUCUUGUCACCUGUCUCUCACCAACCAGUCACAGAGCCAUUGCCAGGGCUCCCUUCAGUCUUUCUUAAACAAUAUCUAAAUGCAGUUUAGUAAUCCCAGGAUUUUGAGUUACAAGAAUACAGCUUGUGGGUCUGUUUCAGCUAGCAUGGUUGGGAAGGGGAAGAGCUGAGCCAAGCCUUCACUGAUCUCUUGUCAUUUCAUAUGAUUAUCCAGUAAAAGCUUAUUGAGCACCUCCCAUGUGAUAGGUAUUGAGACACUGUGCUGUGUGCAAUAAUUAAGCCUUUGGAGGAGUUAAAUGAGGGCAAGGAAAACAGAAUAAGAGGAAAACACUCUCACACUGACCCCCAUUACAUAUGAACCCUCCGCCCGCCCCCCCCCCAUAAAUACAAAGUGUUAUUUUUCCACAUUUAAAACAAAUAAUAGCCUUCAGCAGGCAGUGCAGGAACUAUUCAGUCAUUGGAAUUACCUUUGAUGAGAGGAGAAAGCUCCUUGAUUACCUGGUUUUUGUUGGAGAGACUAUUAACUAGUACUUGGGAAAAGAGAAAAAUGAAACCACACAUAAGCUGUUCCCUUAAAUAAUCUCAGCAGGAUAUUGCACUAAGAUAUUAUUCAAGGAAACGAAUCAGGAGCAGAGAUAGCCCCAUCUCUCUGGAGCAUUUUUCCUUUUUUUUUUUUUUUUUUGGGGGGGGCAGUGGGGGUGCGGGGGACGGAGUCUUGCUCUGUUACCUAGGCCGGAGUGCAGUGGUGCAAUCUCUGCUCAAUGCAACUUCUGCCUCCCAGGUUUAAGCAAUUCUCUUGCCUCAGUCUCCCAAGUAGCUGGGAUUACAGAUGCACCCCACUGUGUCUGGCUAAUUUUUUGUAUUUUUAGUAGAGACAGGGUUUCACCAUUUUGGCCAGGCCGGUCUCCAACUCCUAACUUCAAGUGAUCUACCCACCUUGGCCUCCCAAAGUGCUGGGAUUACAGGCAUGAGCCACCACGCCCGGCCUAAAGUCCCACUUUCUUCUGAGGUGUUCUUUUCAUGGCUUGAAACCAGAGACGGGAGCUAGGGAGUCUGUUCCCCAGCGAAUAACGUUGGAGUUUUCUCUUCAGAGCCAAGUCAGCAAAGCCUGCAGCUGCUGCCACUCCCCUGGUCUGUGCCUCCCAGGGUGUUUCCUUUCUGAUUUUGAAGAUCUGUGGGUGAGUCAAUUAUCUUUGCAGACAUCCUAAAGCAGCUUCCCUCCUCUCUACCCUCAGCAGAUAAGCCAUCCAGAAAACAGGUUCUGACAGCCAGUAGCAGGGGCAUUUUGGGUUUCAGUUUAAAACUGGUGCAUGUUGUUGCAAGUGUCUUGAAGUUGCAAAGGAUGUUUGGGGUUCUGGGGCCUGCAGGGGGGGCAGAGCAGAAAGAGGGUAGUUGUCAGUGACCCUCUACCCUCCUCUGAGAGCCCCAUUGCCAUUUUUGCCCACCAGUUCUCUUCUUACCUCCUCAGGGCAGUGCCCACUCAUUUCCUUUAUUUUCCUUUUGUUUUUUUUUUCCUUUCCUCCUCUGGUCGACAACCUCUUAAUUCUAGCAGGGUACAAAAGCAAGGCCAAGCUUUCUUGGGGCACUCGGGAUGAAAGGCCCAUCCGUGCCUGUUGUGGAGGCGCAGAGGUUGGAGCAGGUGGAGAACAGGAGUGGGUGCAGGGGAAGUGUGAACGCAAGGCUGCUGGCUUUGGCACAGCUCCCUGUGCAGGGCUAGAUUUCCAACUGCUUUUCAGUUCCUGUGCCCUGAUAGGAUGGGCACAGCUGGCAUGGAAUCAGAGCAGCCCAUCUCCAAAGCAGAAGUCUGAGAGCUCAGCAUUUGACUCCUGAAAGACCAGGAUGUUCCUACCUGGGUUCUCGAGAUUCAUUGGCUAGUGGAGGUAGAUGGUACUCUCCAUGUCUGCAGAAGAUCCCCCACUUCGUGCUGAAGGCUAGGUGCCUUCCAGUCAGGUCUGAAUGCUGAAAUUGCAGAGAUUGUCCACUCUCUGCCUACUCUACCACAUUCAUGCUGCCCUUAGAUCCAAGAGUGCCCAGGACUAGGAGCAGAAAGCAGUUUUCAACCCUUUGUUCAGACUCAGACGGGUUUUAACUCAAGCGGGUAAUCUACUCCAGCAGCAGCGGUGCAAAGUCCAAAACAGCUUUGUGGUGCCUGGGGAGUGACUAGGCAGCCUGCUCACAGGGGCUGGAGUCAUCUAAAGCUAGUGAUGAGCUGGAACAGCUUUGAACCAGUUCAUCAGAACUGAUUGUUAAAGUUUCAGAACUUUUGAGAGUCAGUUGAGAAACAUAGCUAUUACUAAAAAAUUAAAUAAGAUUAGAUAAAUUAUAGCUAAAAGCAAAGGCAACAUAUAGUCAAAGCUCAUCACUUUCUACUUAUUUUACUACAUUUUACCAUUAUCUGAGCCCAUGAGGUAAGGUAUGCCUAUUAUGUCUGUAUGGUAGAAAUCUUGUAUACAGGUAUACUACUGCACACACCUUCCCAAGUGAUAGUAUUUUUGUAGUUUGAGAUCAGCUAUAGUGGUGGUAUUUAUACCAUGGAAAGCAGCAAAGCCAUGCAAAUCAGACUCCUCCUAACCCCUAAGACAGUUGUUAAACAUUUACCAGCAUACCACCAUCUAAAGCCCUAAAGAAUGCUUGGCCUCCCACUGCAUAGACCCAGGCCACAUCACAUUGAGUUUCAUGGAUUUAUGGGUCAGCAUUGCACGUAAGUCCAAAGAAGGGGAAAGACUUAGCAAGCUCAAUCUCAUAUGAUUCACAAAGGGUUUCUUUCUGCAUUUGUAUUGACUCAGAAUAGGACCCAGUACAGAGAAUCCACUGUUUUCUAUGGGUGUCAUUCCUUCAGGAAGAAUGUACGGUAAAAUUGGCUAUUUCAUGCUAUGCAAACAAAAUGAAACUAGUUUGAAGUUGCAAAGUGUCUCCCCUCUUGUGCCCACGUAGUCAUCCAAGAAGGAAACUCCUUCCUUGCCUUGACAUUCACCAGGCCUGCCUAGAUAGAACUUGACAAAUUGGCCUAACUUCAUCUCCGCUGCUAUUGUUAUAUAUUUACUUUACUGAAUCUAUGUCCUAAGUCAGUCAGAAGAAAAAAGAAAUGUCUUUUUUUAAUAUACACUUUCUUAGCAUCCAUGCAGUUAUGUAUCCUCACCCUGAUCCAGGAACAUAUUGAACAGAUCAUAUGUCUUUUGUUAAUAUCUAGAUACACCAAAUAACAUGCUAGAAGAGUUUUCUCUUUCAGGUGAACUUCCAUUUUGAACAUAUGCUAAACGUACAAUCCACUGUCGUUUUAAUGAGAUCUUGUCGUUUUAAUGAGAUCUUGGCAAUGGUCCUGUCGGUUUUGGUGUUUGGAUUGUUUGGCUUUGUUUUUUUAUUCUUCCUGUUUUUAAUGCUGUGUAAGAUCUCCCGCUAUGAGUGUUCCAGUUACCCCUAUUGUACUGUAUAUAUGUGUGCUGCAUGUGUGAACUCCAGUAAAUUCUGUUUCAGGUUUUGGAGUUUUCAUCUUAAGUACAGCUGCUCCUGUUGUGAACUCAUCUUUCUUGUAUGCUCCUCUGUGUCUGAUUUCCAAUUGCCAAAAUGUUUGACCAAGUGUGUUUUGACAAAUAUCCCGAGACAGCCAUGCGUAUCCUUGUGAAAGGGCAUGCUCCAUGUGGGACGGCUCGUGUACAGCAUAAAUCAAACUUGGAAUUGUGUAUGCAUUUAUAUGCCAGAUAACUAACAUUCAUGUAACAGCUGCAAAGAUAUUUAGUGUAUAUCAGAUUAAUAAAAGAGCAUUUUUUUGCUCCAUUAUAUUCAAAUACA